UCCCAUCGCCGCGCGCGCCUCGAGAACCAGAGCCUCGAGUGAGGACCACACUGGGCAAUUGGGGGCGGCUUUAGUUCUCCCUCAGCAUUUUCCGUCAGCGACCAUGCAAGAGGCCCUGCUGCUGUUGCCUUCCUUUAGUGUCUCAAACGGAACCUUCCCGACCCUCCCCGAAGCGCCCAGCCUCCCCCUCCAGCACAACGGUGCUGGCCACCUCAGAGGUCUGUGGGAUCCGAGGUCGUGUCAUUCACCGGGCUUUCCCGGCUCAUUCGUGGACAGUAGAUUCUACAUUAUUUUUCUGGACAUUUGGAUAUCAGUUUAUUCAGCUUAAAACAUGUGACCUUGUCGCCAAAAUCAUCCAUUCUUCCUGGUCUUGAAGGACUGACAAGCCACGAUUUAGACGUCCAUAUUUCUUUAAAAUCACAAAUGAAAGCACCUUUUAAAAAUCAGAAUUCCCUAGUCAGUUAUGUUGGUGACUGACCAGCACUUGCGUUUGGUGGGAAAGUUUUGGAAGAAGCUUUAAGGAGCUUCUUGGGCCCCUGGUUUUACCGUGGAGAAGGCGCAGGCCGCUCUCGGGACUGGAUCUGGACCGGACGUGCAGCCUCCCCAUCCACCUGCCUGGGCCACACGCUGCCGGCGUGGUUCCCUGUGGCGCGAGGAGCGUUCCUUGCAGAUGAAAUGGCAGAUCACAGCGCCGCCUGCACAUCCAGCCAUUCGCCCCACCAGCCCAUCCCAUUCUCAGUCAAGAAAUGCUGGGUAUAAAGAUGACCAGUUGCCUGGCUCCGCCGGUGCGUGGGAGCAAACCCAGCUACAGCGACGGGAAUGGAAGGCACUCCUUUUCCACCGAAGCCAGAUUUUCCCACGGCCUCCUGAAGAAGGAUGAAGUCAGGUUUUCAAUGUUUUCCCAGGUAGACUUGCAGUGGUUUCACAGAAGUAGCCUUCAUGUUAUAAAUUCUAACGAAAAGCUCUCUCCUUGGAUUGCUUUUUAUCAACUAGUCACCCUCUGGAAGAGACCUUUAGUUUUUGAAAGGUGUUUGGAGUCCGGCCUUACCCAGCGCUGCUGGUUCCCAGCUGCUGAGAUGUACCCACAGCACCUCCAGGUCCCAGCAACCCGUCGGUCCUCCCCGAUUUCUUUUCACUCCGGCAGCCCAGCGGCGUGCAGCCUGGCUCUACCGAGGAAGACUUGCAAGAGCCCUAACGUGACCUGCAGGAAGAUCACCGCCCUGUAUGUGUGGGGCAGAGCCAGCCAAGAGGUGCACAGAGGCCAGAGCUGCCGACCUGUGCAGCCCACGGGAGGAUGUCUCCUAGCCUUCAGGAGGGCGCUCGGCUUGGGGAAAGCAAACCCUCGCCCUGCUCCUUUUCAAUUGAGAGCAUUUUAGGACUGGACCAGAAGAAAGACAGUGUUCCAUCCAUGAAACCCCACCGGCCUUGGGCAGACACCUGCAGCUCCUCAGAGAAAGAUGUGAACCUAUAUCUACAUGUCCCAAGCCUUCCAAAUGGGAUUUUGUUCUCUUGUACUGUGGAUCACCCAGUGCCAGAAGAAAAAGUUAUGAAAUAUGAAAGUUACUUUUCAACCUCAGAAAGACUGUCUUUGAAAAGAGAGUUGAGUUGGUAUAGAGGCAGAAGACCAAGAACUGCUUUUACUCAAAACCAGAUUGAAGUGUUGGAAAAUGUCUUUAGAGUAAACUGCUAUCCUGGCAUUGAUAUCAGAGAAGACUUAGCUCGAAAAUUGAAUCUAGAGGAAGACAGAAUCCAGAUAUGGUUCCAAAAUCGGCGUGCCAAACUGAGGAGGUCUCACAGAGAAUCACAGUUUCUAAUGGUGAAGAAAAACUUCAACACAAAUCUCUUGGAAUAGAUAGAAAACUAAACUUGUGAAGUUAUCUUCCAAUUGCAGAACACGAAGAACCAAUGGAAAUAUCAAGUUUUUUAAAUGUGAUGUUUUCUUUUCUGCAUUUAAUCUGAACAUUGUCACUUUCUGAAAAUAUAUUGUAAAUAAUUACUAUAUCAUGGUACCUGUUAUACUUGGGCAUUUUUAAAUAUAAUAAAGGCCUUUUCUAUAUAUUUUAAUAAACAUUUUCAGAAACAGCCAGCUAUUUUUUCAGUGAGCAAAUUUAAUGUAAUAAAUUAGUUUGCUAAAAUCAGUAAACUCGUGACUAAGUGGCUCCACAAACUGAAUUCUGUACAUUUACAAAAUAAUUCAAGUAAAAUCAUCUGGAGAAUGGCACAAAGGUGUGACUUGUUUCAAUUAGUUUCCUUCAAAUGCAUUUUGAAGCGUGUUUAUGCUUUAAUGAUCAAAUAUGAUUUAUUCAUAAAUCUUAUUUUCUCUUGAUUUCUGGCAUGAAUCAGUGAAAAUUUUUCACCAUAUAGCAAUACAAAUCCUUAUAGAAUGCCAGUUUCAGUUUUUUAAAAAAGCAAAGUCAUUAUACCAAAGUAGAAAUAUAAAAGUAUCAGUUGUCAUAUUCAUACCAUUGCACAAAAGAAUUGAGCUGCAAGUAAAUGCAAAUUUUAAAAUAUUUUUCUAAUUCAUGUAAUGCUGUACUUUAAUUUCAUUCCUUAAAGUGAUAAUGAACAUGUGGCUUAUAUCUAUUUCUAGUGUAGUGAUUUCCAAUUGGCUGUAUAUUUUGUUACAAGUAAUAUGUUGACUGAGAAGGUGGGAUAAGGCCUGCCUUGCGUAUGUACUCUGACAUACUUGUUGGAAAUAAUCAGGGCGCUUUCUGAGACAAAAACUAUGUAUUUUCUUUGCAUUUGCCAUUGUACCUGUCAAUUAAAGAUGCAAAUAGGAUUAAAUAGCAUCCCAAGA